AUGGCGGCGCUGGCCAGUAGCCUGAUCCGGCAGAAGCGGGAGGUCCGCGAGCCCGGGGGCAGCCGGCCGGUGUCGGCGCAGCGGCGCGUGUGUCCCCGCGGCACCAAGUCCCUUUGCCAGAAGCAGCUCCUCAUCCUGCUGUCCAAGGUGCGACUGUGCGGGGGGCGGCCCGCGCGGCUGGACCGUGGCCCCGAGCCUCAACUUAAAGGCAUCGUCACCAAACUGUUCUGCCGCCAGGGUUUCUACCUCCAGGCAAAUCCCGACGGGAGCAUCCAGGGAACCCCGGAGGACACCAGCUCUUUCACCCACUUUAAUCUGAUCCCCGUGGGGCUCCGUGUGGUUACCAUCCAGAGUGCCAAGCUGGGUCACUACAUGGCCAUGAAUGCUGAGGGGCUGCUCUACAGCUCGCAACAUUUCACAGCUGAGUGUCGCUUUAAGGAGUGUGUCUUUGAGAAUUACUACGUCCUGUACGCCUCUGCUCUCUACCGUCAGUGCCGUUCUGGCCGGGCCUGGUACCUAGGCUUGGACAAAGAGGGCCGAGUCAUGAAGGGAAAUCGAGUCAAGAAGACCAAGGCAGCUGCCCACUUUGUGCCCAAGCUCCUGGAGGUGGCCAUGUACCGGGAGCCUUCUCUCCACAGUGUCCCUGAGACUUCUCCUUCCAGUCCCCCUGCCCCCUGAAAUGUAGACCCUGGACUGGACACUCCUGCACUUGCACCGGUCUAGCCACCGCCACGGCCUGUCUCCCAGCCCUGCUCCUGGACCUGCUCUCACCCCAGCUGCCAUGCUCAUGCCCUGAGCAGCCAGGUCCCACCAGGUGCUCUUCCCUGAGGGAGCCUAGGAACCGCUGGAACCCUUAGACGCUUGGGCCUGAGAGGUGGAUGUUUGAAAAUGGUCCUGGCUGAUCACUUCUUUCCUUCCACACUUACACCCCCCGCAAAGCCUUUUCCUAAGACGGCACUGGGGGUUUCCAGACAGAGAACAGGACUCAAAUACUCCCCUCCCCAGGCUCAGCCAGUUCCUGGAGCCCUUUUCAUGGCCUCUGAGCCAUAGAUUUAUAGACCUACUGGAGCUCAGGAUUAGUGUCCUUUCCCUACUCCACCUUCUGCCUUGUUCUGAACAGGUUCUGCGACACCAGGCACCUCAGCCAGGGCCAUUUCUGCACUAAGGCUCUGUGCUGGAUCCACCAGGCUUCCUCAACCCAGACAGACCCCGGGUUUCCAAGUAGAGAGAGGCAGGAUGUGAGCCCUGUCCAGCUCUUGGCCUUGGCCUGAAUUGGGGCCAGUCUCAGAUUACUACAGGUUUAACUUUUUUUAUCCCAGAGACACCCAAUACUAGAGCAUGGUGUUCUAGACACAUAUGGAGCCAUACUUCCUUCUGAAUCUCAGCUCUAGAAUAUAGACCACGACUUUCCACCCUUCCCUCCAGGAUGGAACUGGGGCCUAUACAGCCAUAUUAUUACUCUAGAGUAAGUUCUAGACCCAUCCUCCCAACUUCUCUAGUGAUACCUAUUAAGGAUGAGUUCUGGAAAGGACCCAGCUAUUAUUCAAAAAGAACUAAGUCCUGGAUGAAUUAAGAACUACUUCUUAUUUUACUUAGAUAAUUUUCUAAAAAUCAUCCUCUUCCUCCUAGAGAAUGCUAACCUUAUUUUUACAUGCAGUUUAAUUCAGCUGGGGUCCAAGAAAAGAAAUCUGAAGAAGGGCUGAGAAGGAAUCCAUGGCUCAUUGUGGGGGAGCUAGGAUGGGGAAGGGGUCAAAAUCAUGACAUAAUUGGACCUGUGACUGGGUUUGGGGGACAUGAACACUUAGCUACCUCAGCAAGAAUUCCUUCCAGAUCCCCUCUAAAGCUGAGGUCUUUAGGGUAAUGGGUCUAAAAUAAAAAGAACAAAUAUGACAUAGACCUUACAGUAUACAGAUGAUGUGUUGUAGAACUGUGCACCUGAGACCUGUAUAAUUUUGUUAACUAGUGUCACCCCAAUAAUAAUAAAAAACAUUAUAUAGACUUCACCAUCCCAGUGAAGAUAACCCCAAUUCAGCAAUAAAUCCCACCACUCUCCCCUAAGUCGGGCCAAGGAGGGUGAGGGCCUCUCUUGGGUUCCAGACCUCAUAUAACCCCAGAGCUUCUAACGGAAUAGAACUUGCUUUACUUUACAGCUUAUAACCUCAGCUGUGUUUUAGGUACCUAAAAAGGGCCUGACUAGAUUCUU